CAAGGCUCGCACCUGCCGUUGCCAAGGCAACCCGCGCCGCCGCCGCUUCUCCUCGGACUGAGCCAGGCCGGGCCGAGAAGGCCCCGCUGAAGAAGAGGGGCCACCAUGAGCGGCGGGGGCGGCCGGGGCGACACCGAGAGCAGCAGCUCGACCGCUUCGGUUCUGGCCGAGCUGGACUGGGACGAUGGGUUCGCCAUCCCUGUGGCCAAUGCCGAAAACAAGGCUCUGGAGGAAGAGCUUCAAAAGAUCCAGAAAGAGAAGGCAAACUUGCAAAAUCAGUUGACUGAUUAUGAAGAUCGUAUUGCAGCAAUGACAUCACAUUUGAAGAAUGUGAGGCAGGAGUUUAAUUUGACACAGUCUCUUCUUAGAGCCAGACAAAAUGAAAUUGAAACGGAACAGCAUUUUAAAGCCCUCGCCGAGAGAGAAGUGGGGCGCCUGAAAAGUGAGAUUCAAAGGCUGGAGAAUGAGAUGGUUUCAUUAAGAGAGAAGAAAAAUAGUCAAGAAAAUAAUAUUUUCAAAGUGACUCAGAAGCUGGAAGCUUUAAGAUGCCAAAUGAACUGGGACCAACAAGCUUUGGAGGCUUGGUUAGAAGAGUCGGCUCGUAAAGAUAAUGAUGCAGUCACAAUCCAGAAAUAUGCACAGCAGGAUGAUAAUAAAUUACGAGCGUUGACUCUUCAGAUAGAAAUGCUGACUGUGCAGUGUAAUAACAGGCGCAGAAUUCUUGAUAAUGAGCUGACAGAAACUUUAGCUGCUCAGAUAGAAUUAGAUAAGACAGCUGAAGAUUUCCGGAGAGUUCAUCAUGAAAGACAAGAACUUAUCAGACAAUGGGAAAACACCAUAGAACAAAUGAAGAAAAGGGAUCAAGAAAUAGAUAACUGUGCCUUGCUUUUAGCACAAGCAAGACGGGCAACCUGUGCAAAGGAGAGCGUGCUCAAAGACAAGAUUCAGUUUUUGGCUAAUGAGAGUGGCAAUAAUGCAGAAUACGAGAAGAGAAUAGCCAUAGCUGACCGACAAGCUGCCAAACUCAGAUUAGACUAUCAGAAAGAGGAAGCUAAUCGAAAUCAGUUCCAGGAUGAGCUGGAUACGUUGAAAGCUAUGGUGGAUGGAACGGCUUCUGAACUAGAAUCUAUGAGAACCAGUGUUUCUAACCUUAAGAAGGAAAUCCAGGAAAAAACAUUAAGGCUAAACUUAAUUAGGGACCAGAAUGAGAGUCUUACAAAUAAACUGAAAUAUGUGACAAACCGUGCAUUGAGUUUUGAAGAAAAAGCAAGCAGGAUGGAAGAACUUCUGAAGGAAAAAGAGAAAAAUGUCAAGGAGAAAGAUACGGAGGCAAUACAACUGAGAGACAUUCAUUUCAAGAAAACAAAAGAAUUAAAAGAACUCAAGGAUAAAGAGAAGUGUGUCACAGCUGAAAUUGAUGGACGCCGAGGACAAAUGAAAAACUUAUACAGCCGACUACACCGAAUGGAUGCAGAGACACUUAAGCAGCAAGAACUCAUAUAUAACCAGGAUUUUUAUAUACAGCAAGUGGAGAGAAGGUUGUCACGCUUGCAGGGAGAGCUUAACACAGAUGAGAGACAAGUUUUAGAAGCGAAAAUUGCUGAACUUAUAAAGAUAGCAGAUGAAAAGAGACAGGCAUACGAUACUUUGCAAACACAGCAGAAGAAACUUCAGAGUGACAUCCAUUUUAUCAAAUUGGCUAUGAAUAAAACAGGAGAAGAAAUGGCUAGUUUGAGUACUAGAGUAGAUGAGCUAAACCUUUUCACUGACAAAUCAGAGAAGUUAUUGAAAAAAGCCAGAGCAGAUAAGCAGGAUUUAAUGAUUGAAGACAAUCUCCUGAAGCUGGAACUGAAACGUGUAAGAGAUACGCUGUACAGUAAGGCAGAGAAAGUCCUUUCACUCGAAAAACAGAAGCAACAAUUAAAAGCAGCAAUGGAGGAGAGAAUGGCAGAUAUCAAAGUUCACAAGGCAAUGAUUGAGACACAGAUAAGAAUAAUAGAGCAAGAGCGUCAGACUUUAAGUGCUGAGUUCCAUGAGCGACUGAGUAAAAUUGAGAAACUGAAGAGCAGAUACGAAAUUAUUACCAUCGUCAUGAUGCCCCCAGAAGGAGAGGAAGAGAAAACUCAAACUUACUAUGUCAUCAAGACUGCCCAGGAAAAGGAGGAUCUUCAGCGUGAAGGGGAUACUUUGGAUGCCAAGAUCCAGCUAGCAGAGAAAGAAUGUGUUGCUCUUGAGAAUACUCUGCAUAUAGUUAAUAGCUGCAACAGCAACUAUCGAGACUCCUUCAGAAAGGUCACAGAGAAAAGUGAAGAACAUGAAGAGAAAUUGAAACUGGAAGAAGAGAAAAGAGCUGCUGAUGAGAAAUACAGAUACAAGAGAAGACAAAUCAAGGAGCUCCAGGGAGACAUCCAGUCUAUGCAGAGUAAUCUUGAUAUGCUUUUGAAAGACGAGGCUCUUUACAAAGAAAAAAUAGCAGAGAAAAAAGCAAUUGUCACACGGCUAUCCAAAGAAGUCGAUGAGCAGAAGCCAAAACUUGAAAGAGUCACAAAGCAGGUUGCCCGACUAACCAGAGAAAUCCGAGCACUGAAGAAUACUCAGUCAGAAACACAAGAAGAACAAGAUAUUGACCUUCGUGCACUGAAAGACUUCAGCAGAUCUGUAGAUAAAAUGCUACUCGAUAUUUCAGAAGCAAAUCCAGAUUUGAACACAGCCUUUCAGAGAUACUUUGAACAGGCUUCCAUACAGCUUCCUUCUGCUUCAUGUUCUCGGCUUAGUUUGCGAUCAUCUACCCACAGCUCAUCAUCUUCCAGCGUGUCGCCUAAGAGUUCAGCAUCAUCAGCCAAUCAACCACGGCUUAAAGUUGUGUCUCUGACUUUGAGUCCCAGUUCUGAACCUGUGGAUCUUGCUUUAUCACGUCCUCCAAGCCAAAGUAGUGCCUCUGCAUCUUCACAUACCAGAAGCCCCAAGUAGCACUGCAGAGAAUGUAUCAGAUUUUAGUCCUCACUUAGUAACAGUUAUUCAGUAAACUGCAGUACCUGUAUUUUCUCUGUAGCAAGUAGCUUGAAGUUCUUUAACUUAGGUGAUGUUGAACAUGUUCUGU